AUGGCCGAAUCCGAAUCCGAUGCCGAUGCCGAUGCCGAUCCGAACGCGAAACUGACAUCGGGGCCGAGGCGGGUUGAGUUGAGAUCCCGCGCCGGGUCCGGAUCCGGAGGCCGGAGGGUCAGACAAACUGACAAGAUCAGGCAUGAUCAGUCAAGUCAGGUCAAGACAGGCCAAGAAAGACAGCAUGAGGAUGAAGGAAGAAACAUGCAUAGCUCGCUGGUCACAGUUGCAGGAACAGAGGACAAAGACAGGUGA